AUGGUUUUGGUUGAAAAUGAUGUAAAAAACUCAUCUUUUGCUUCUCCGGUCCAAAAGUUUGUGGAAAAACGUAGUAUUUUAGUUUUUACUCAAAAAAACACUGACUUUUUAGGCCGCGUCAAAAAGAAUUGGGCCUUUUUCAAUGUAUUUAUAUAGCAAAAAAGAUCAAUUCUUUUUGACGCGGCGGGAAAUUUAAAACUUUAAAAUUUUAAAUGUUUUAAAACGAUUUAAAAUGGCAAUUAUAUCGUUUUCAGGAAGCCCGAAAAGCCGUCGGGUCGAUAAAAUCUGAAAGUUUGUCCGAAAUUCGAAGUUUGAGAGCUCCACCCGAUGCCAUUAGGGACAUUCUCCAAGCUGUAUUGCUGUUUAUGGGCAUAUUGGACAACUCAUGGGACUCGAUGAGACGGUAAUCUUUUAAAAUAGUAUUUUACAGUAUUUAUUUUAGAAAAAAUAUCUUAUUUUUAAAGUUUUUUGACCGUUUUUAGAAAGUCAACCUGGUCUUCAGGGUUUUCGUGGUGGGACCCGAAUUGUCUUGAAAAUAAUUUUUUUUUGUUUUUUAAUAAUUAGUAGGCUUGAAAUGCAUUUUUACAUACCUAAACACAUUAUUUUGAAAGUUUCAUUUUGUUAUAUCGAUUUUCAGGGUUUUCGUGGUGAGACUCAAAUUGUCUUGACAACAGGCUUUUUAAAAAUAUUUUUGCAACCACUAGGCUUAAAAUGCAUUUUCAUAUGCCUAAACAUAUUAUUUUUGAGAUUUUUAUAAGCUAUAUUAAUCUUCAGGGUUUUCGUGGUGGGACCCAAAUUGCUUUUGAAUCAGUGUAUUAGCAAUCACUAGGCUUAAAACGUGACUGAAUGUUAUUUAUAUGUUAUUUCCAAGUUUUACAGCUUCUAUUUUUACCUUAGAAGUUUUCGUGGUGGGACCCAAAUCAAGAAGGAAAAUUUUGUUUUUUACUGCCAUAACUUUGUCUAAUUUAUUAAAAACUAAUAGCCAAGAGUAUACAAAUCUUAUAAAUUGCAGGAACUUUCUUUACAACUCAAAAAUCGUCAAAAAACUCAAAAAUAAGCUUAAAAUCACCGUUUUUCUAGAUUUCUGGCCAAGAACGGCGUAAAAGACGAAAUAAUCAAUUUCGAUGCGCGAAAUGUCACACCUGACAUUCGGAAACGUGUGCAAAAAGUUGUGGCCGAGAAGCGGAAUUCGUUCGAUGAGAAAACGGCCAAACGAGCAUCGGUUGCGGCUGCACCAUUGGCCGCGUGGGUCAUGGCUAAUAUCGAGUACUCGGCCAUCUUGGAGAAGAUACAACCGCUGGAGAAUGAGAAGAAUGCACUUUUAAAGUGAGUUUGGGAUUGGUGGGAACUUUGUUUACAAUUUUUUUAAAUUGCAAGAAUUUUCUUUACAAAAGCCUAAAUGGUAUCGUUCGUAUAAAAUGUUACCGCAGGCUGCGAAUCGAAUAUUUUUUUGUUUUUUGAAGAAAAAGCGCAAGAACUUUCUUUACAGCAUUUAUUUUUUGCAAAACCGCAAGAACUUUCUUUACAAAACUCUUUUUUUGAAAAACCGCAAGAACUUUCUUUACAAAGCUAUCUUCUUUUAAAACCGCAAGGACUUACUUUACAAAAGUCAUUUUUUGAAAAAACGCAAGAACUUUCUUUACAAAGGGCUGAAUCCUAUUCAUCGUAUAACUUGUCUCCUGCAGGUUGCGAAACGAAGCAUUUUUUGUUUUUUGGAGGAAAAGUGCAAGAACUUUCUUUACAAAACUUAUUUUUUUUGUAAAACCGCAAAAACUUUCUUUCCAAAUCUCAUUUUUUAAAAACCGCAAUAACUUUCUUUACAAAACAAAAAGUGGCAAAAACUUUCUUUACAAAUAUAAAAUGGCAAGAACUUUCUUUACAAAACAAAAAAUGGCAAGAACUUUCUUUACAAGCCCCUUUUUUCAGAAAGUUCAACCAAACCGAGAAGCAGAUGAAGUCUUUGUCCGGUCAAUUAACUUCGGUCGAUAAGCAGGUCGAAUCAUUGAAGAAAGAGUUUGAAGAGUCGAUGAAAGAAGCCACCCAGAUCAAGGUUGAUUUGGAUCGGGAACAGGCCGCCAUCCAAGUGGCCGGCCAGAUGGUGGAGAGGCUGGGCGGAGAGUUCGGGAGGUGGCAAAAUCAAAUGCAAAUUCUGGAGGGGGAGCUUGAGUUUGUAGGUUAUUUAACCCUAGGAGGGGACGACGGGGAUAGGGAGGUUUUUAUUUUCUUAAGCCUAAAAUGACGGCAUAAGCCUAAAAAUGCAAAAUUGAUAUGUUAAGCCGAAAAUUGUUUUAUCGCAUCUCAAGGCCUAUAACUUAAGCCUAAUAAAGUUAAAAUCUUAUUUUAUAUUUUUUAAGCAUACAAUGCCCGCGUAAACCUAAAAAUAAAAAUUUGACAUUUUAAGCCAAAAAUUGUUUUAUAGCAUCUUAAGGCUUAUACCUUAAGCCUAAUAACAUUAAAAUUUUCAGCUGGACAUUCACUGUGCCUUAGGGGCAGGUUUUGUCACCUUUCUGGGGGUGGAGCCAUUUGACAAUCGAGAAAAGGUGUUCAAUCAAUGGCUGGACAUGUGUGGUUUAAAAGCCUUUGACCCAGUAGGCUUACUAACUCUAGAGGUGGACCAACAACGAUGGAAGACCAUGGGACUGGCCGCUACCAAAAUGGCAGCUGAGAACGCGGCUAUUAUCUUCAAUUCGACCGAAACGGCCCUAAUAAUCGACUCGAGUGGUACCGUAUGCAAAUUUCUGGUCAAACUGCAUGCCGACAAGGACUGUCAGGUCCUAAAGCCCAAUUCUGGAGACUUUUUGACCCAAGUUGAGUUGGGCAUUCGCUUUGGCAAGGUGAUCAUCAUCGAGGACGCGGAUACGGUAGAGCCGGCCCUGAUCAACUUGUUAAGGAAGGAGUUCUUCAGUCAAGGCCCACGCCAGGUGGUCCAGAUUGGUGAGAAGCAGAUCGACGUGAAUGAGGCCUUUAAAUUGUAUGUUUGUUCGAGGAAUGACCAACUGAACAUACCUGGCUACAUUCGAAAUGCUGUGGUCAUCACCAACUUCUCCACGACAUUGGCUGGCUUGAGCUCUCAGGUGGGUUUUUGCCAUUUUUUUAUUGAGGUGAUAGGGGGAAAUGGUUGAUAUGACAUUUUCUAUAAAGCCCGUGGUCUUGCGAAUCUAAAAUGACACUAUUUGUAAUAGUAUAACGCUCGGUAGGUCUAGUACAAUGUGAUUUGGGCUUUAAAAGCAGGAUUUUUAGGGAGUAAAAAUGUCAUUUUUUAAAUGACCUUGUUGUGGGACAUACCUGACAUGACGUUGCCUAAGAAGCUCAUAGUUUUGUCAAUCUAAGAUGACAUUGUAUUUAUUAGCACAGCGCUUGGUACGACUAGUAUGAUGUGAUUUAGGCAUUAAAACUAGUAUUCUUAGGGCGUUUUUAGGGAAAAAUGCCAUUUUUUAAUAGACCUUGUUGUGUGACAUAUCUGAUAUGCCAUUUUCUUUAAAGCCCAUGGUCUUGUGCAUUUAAUAUGCCAUUUAAAAAAAUGGUUUAGUGUAUGGUACCAAAUAUUUAUGACAUUUCAGAUCUUAAGCUUGGCUUUAAACACGGAGCGACCGGACCUAGAACAACAAUCAGUCCAGCUGUCCAGCAAUGCUGAAACCUUGAAUAUACAGCUAGCUGAAAUCGAACAGACUUUGCUUAAUGAAUUAGCGACAUCAGAAGGCAGUUUAUUAGAGAACAAACAGCUUCUGGAUUCAUUGAAUCAGAGCAAGGAAAGUGCCGAAAUGGCCGAACAAUCCUUGGCCACGUUGGAGAAGGUCCGCAAGGAAAUUGAUGAAGUAAGUUGAAAAAAUAGCUAACUUCUUAUUAAUAUACGUUUUGGUAACAUACCAUGUGUCAAAAAUAAAAAAUAUGAUUUUUGAAAAAAAUUUUGGGUCCCACCACGAAAACUUGAAUAGUCGGGAUUUUAAGAGAAAAUGAUAUAUAAUUGGGUUUUCGCAAUUAAAAAGACGAUUUUUGUGGUUUAUAUGUACAAGGAGCAUUAUUUUGUUAAAAUGAAAAUUUUUGGGUCCUACCACGAAAACCUGAAAAUUAUGUUUUUAGCUAACUAUUUGUAUUAAAAUAGCUUAUUAGGUAAUUUUACACUAUUUAAAAAUUUAAAAUAUUUUUUUCGUUGUUUUUUUGGUAAAAAUGAAAAUUUUUGGGUCCCACAACGAAAACCUGAAAGUCUUACUUUUAGCCAAAUAUUGAUAAAAAACAACUUACUAAUGGGUUUUACUUUGUUUAAAAUUUGGUUUUUUGUUUUCUUUUGAUAAAAAAGAAAAAAAGAGAAUUCUGGGUCCCACCACGAAACCCUGCAAAACCUAAAUUUUACGUGGAAAACCAAGUUUAAUGUUUAUAAAAUGAAUAUUUGUAGCAAAAACAAGUGUACCUACCGUUCUCAGAGAAGUGCAGUAUGUUGUACUUUGCAUUUUAUGAUUUAUACUCGACCAAUCACAUGUACAACUUCAAUGUCGCGGUCCUACUACAACUUUUCGCUAGCGUUUUUAAGAAGAAUCGAAAUGCUUCAUCUGAAGUUCAAACGAAAUUGGAUAUUAUCUAUCAAGAAUUGGUGUUGGACACGUUCUAUUUCGUGUCUAGAGCACUGUACAAACAAGAUCGGCUGGCAUUUUCACUGAGAUUUGUUAAGGUUGUCAAGCCACGCUUGUUUGAUGAAAAGGUAAGCCAUAGCCCUAGCAGCUUUGGCCUAGGGGUAGAAUAGUAGGAGGAACUAGUACCAUUAGUACCAGUAGAAGUAGGAGUUAGAGUAAAGGUAUGAGUAUUUCUGGGGUAUGGGUACUACUUGUACCAUUGGUACCAGUAAGGGUAGGGGGUAGUGGAAGGGUAGGGGUAGUCCCUAGUUCUAGCUCUAGCACUAGCCCUAGUCCUAGCCCUAGCUCUAGCCCUAGCCCUAGCCCUAGCCCUAGCCCUAGCCCUAUUCUUUCAUUCUACAGUAUCCGUUCAGUAAGGGGUACAGUAGUCCUAGCCUUAGCCCUAGCUCUACCUUCUUACUAACUCCUACAGUAUUCCUUAACCUUGCAGUGUUUCCUACUCCUACAGUAUCUUUUAUGACUACAGUCAGGGCCGGGCGGGGACUUUUGGUCUGGGGGCGGGGGUCCAAAAAAAUCGGCACCUGUGCCGAUUUUUUGCAAAAUUUUUUUUCUGGAAAUCCACAGGGGGGCCACGUUCAACUUUUUUCAAAAAAUUUUUUUUCUGGGGGGGGGGAGGGGGGUACGUCCCCCCCCUUCCCCCCCCUCGCGCUCGGCCCUGACUACAGUAUCAUUUACUCCUACGGUAUUCUUUCUUCAUACAGUAUUUUUUACUUCUACAGCGUCUCUCACUUUUACAGUAUCUAUUACUUCUACUGCACUUCUUGCUCUUAUAGUAUGUCUUACUCUUACAGUAUCCUUUACUCAUACAGUAUUUCUUACUUUUAGUGCAUUACUUACUUUUACAAUAUUAUAUACUUACUACUACAGUAUAUUUUUUUGUACAACUACUAUAUUGUAUACCUGAAGGUAUAUCACCUUACCUUGCCUAUACCCUUACCCUUGUCUCUAUACACACUACACUGUCGUAACUUACUUACACUACUCAGUCUUACUUUGCUUACUUUACUGUACUCUACUUUUGCUUCAUUUCUGAUUUUACUCUGCAGUAAUUUUAAGAAUAUUGUGACAUUUCGUCAAAAAAUCCAAUAAAUAAUGUGACACUUCGUCUACUUUUCUAUUUUCAGGAAUGGACCUUCUUCUGUGGCAAUAUAGUCUCAGAAGACGACAACUCCGCAACUUCUGUCCCCAACUGGUUGCCAGACGAAGUUCAGCAACGUUUGUCGCGGCUCCAAUCCGCCCUACCGUCUCUCUACAGUAACCUCGGCAUAGAGGAUCGUCAUUCUUGGGCCGAGUUCAUGGACAAUAAUACGGUAGAAUUGCCGCGACAUGUCGCGCAAAAGUUGUCCGACUUCCAGAAAGUCGUCGUGGUUGCGGCACUGAAGCCGGAAGUUGCGACAACUGCGAUGACAACUUUCGCAACUUCUGCGUUGCAAGUUGCGUCGCUGAAUCCGAGCAGCGAUCUGGGCGAGUUGGUGGUUACUGUAACACCAAGUCAGCCGGUGUUGUUGAUUUUGGGCACGGGCGCGGAUCCAAGUCAGGAGAUAAGGGAUGUUGCCGAGAAGCGCAACAUAAAGUUGCAUCAGUUGGCGAUGGGCAGUCGGCAACAAACUGAAGCGCUGGAGUUGUUGAGGAUGGCGAUGGAGAAGGGGGAGUGGGUGUACUUGAACAAUGUUCAUCUGUUGCCAGAGUUUUUGUUGAGGAUUCAUACGGUAAGGCUGUGCUAGGGGUGGGGGUGGGGUAAAAGUAGGGAUAUGGGUAGGGGUACUGUAGGCUGACAGGGGAUGGGCUCUGCUAGAGGUAGGGGUAGGAGUAGAGCUUUUGGAGGCUAGGGAUACUGUAUUUAGCUGAUGGGGUAGAAUAAGGGCACCACUGGUCCCAUUAGUACCUGUAAGGUAAGAGGUAAAGGUAGGUACUCGUACCAUCAGUAUCACCAAUGAGGGUAGGGGUAUGUAGGUCUGGGUAGAAGUACUACUUGUACUAUUAGUAUUAGAAAGGGCUGGGCAGGGGGUAGGGGGUUACGGUAGGAUUACGCAGAAGGGGCUUACGGUAGGGUCCGGGGUAGGGGCAGGGGCAGGGGUAGGGGGUUACGGUAGGAUUACGCAGCAGGGGCUUACGGUAGGGUCCGGGGCAGGGGCAGGGGCGGGGGCAAGGGCGGGGGCAGGGGCGGGGGCAGGGGCAGGGGCAGGGGCGGGGGCAGGGGCAGGGGCAGGGGCAGGGGCAGGGGCAGGGGCAGGGGCAGGGGCAGGGGCAGGGGCAGGAGCAGGGGCGGGGGUAGGGGUAGGGGUAGAGGUAGGGGUAGCAGCUUUUUCAUUGGUUUACUGUAGUAUAUACUGUAGCAUAUUUAUAGGAAUUACACAGUAAAACUCCACACGACUCAUUCCGACUAUGGUUGAGUGCCGAACCAGACAACCAGUUCCCACCAGUACCACUACAAGAUGCCCUAAAGGUAACAUACGAAACCCCACCAGGUAUCAAGCAUAACAUAAGUGGUACCCUGAAGCAAUGGAUUGGUACUGAGAGUGGGAGUGGUAGAUUGAAAUUCGAAAUUCAAACUCAUUUCCUAUUGGCAUGGUUUCAUGCUCUACUUCAGGAGCGAAGGACUUUCAUUCCACAGGUAAAUUAUCGAUUUUGACAUUUCGUUACACAUGUUUUUUUGGUCCAUACUACCUUUUAAUGGUCUUAAAAUUGUAAAGUGCUACUUUUUAAUUCAAUUUUAUUUUCAACAGUUGUAUUUUACAUUAAUUUCAAUUUUUUUUGUCUAUUGGUGUUUUGUUAUUGAUUUUGACAUUUACAACACUUUUUUGCUUGUUAUUCACUUUUUAUUGAUUUUCUAUACUAAAAUGGCAUUGCUUUGAAAAAUUUUACUAUUCAAAUUGUAUUUUAUAUCUUAAGCUAUUUUUUUACUCUGUGGCAUUUCGUUAUCGAUUUCGACAUUUCUUCACGUUUGCCAUUUUAAAAUAACUGUUUAAUGAUUUUUUGUAGUUAAAUAGCGUUAUGUGUAAUGGUUUUUUAUUAGUCAACUUGUCUUUUACAUAUCAAUUCUUGUUUCUAAAUUUGUGACACUUCGUUAUCGAUUUUUACAUUUUGUCACGUAGCAGCCAUUUUUAAACUUUGGUCUCCAAUGUCGCAUAAUAUUUUACAAAUUUAACGUAUUAUUUUAUUUUACAUUAGUUUUAGUAAUUUUUAACCAUUCUUUUAAAAUUAUUGAUUUUGACAUUUCGUCACAUUUUAGUUUUGAUUGUUAUGAUUGACACUUUUGAACUAUUGGUCUUCAAUGUAGCAUAUUAUUUAUUUACAUUUAUGUUUUUUCGUAUUUUACAUUAGCUUUAGUUAUUUUAAGCCAUUAUUUUAAAAUUAUUGAUUUUGACAUUUCGUCACAUUUUAUUUUCAGGGCUGGUUGAAGUUCUACGAGUUUAAUUUGAACGAUCUACGAGUGGCACGUCAGGUUUUGGACAAAAUGAAGCACAAUAAUGGUCGGUAUUUGCUACUUUUUAGUGGAACAUGUUUUCGUGGUGGGACCCAAAAAUCUUUAAAAUUUAAAAUUUUUUUAUUAAAACUACAAUAACAUGGGUUAAAUGAUAUUGAAUUUAAUGAAAAGUUAUCUUCCCUACCCCUACUCCUACCUUCAUCCCCCCUCCCUACCCCUACCCGUGCCUACGUUCCUACCGUACCACUACCCUCCAAAACGCACUGUAAUAUUAACGAUAUGACAUUCUUUUUUAGACUACAAUUGGGAAGCGAUCCGAGGAUUCAUGGAGGAUGCCAUUUAUGGCGGUCGAAUCGAGAAUCAGCUGGAUAUUGGAGUACUGUCGGCCUACUUGAACAAGUUCAUGAGCAGUGGGAGGGACAAAGAGAACCUGGGGAACAACUUAAGGCUACAGACCGACGCCAACAGCUUUAAGGACAUGCUAGACUUUGUGAUUAAUUCGGUAUGAUAUCCUAGCCUACCGUACCCUACCCUACCCUACCCUACCCUACCCUACCUUACCCUAUCCUUCCCUACCGUAUCCCACUCGCCUUGUAAAAGCUUCCAACUGGUGCCAAUGGUACCAACACUGGCUCAAAAGGUCUUUGAAUAGUACCAGUAGUCCCCUUCUCUGCCGCGCCUUGUCCUGUUCUGACAUGCCUUGUCUUACCUUACUUUACUUUGUUUUACUCUAACCUAUCCUACUCUACUCUACCCUAUUCUAUUCUACUCUACCCUACCCUACCCAACCCUACCCUACCCUACCCUACCCUACCCUACCCUACCCUACCCUACCCUACCCUACCCUGACCCUCUUACUCCACCCUACUUUACUUUCCCUUACUUUAGGUACCAGAAGUCGAUAAACCAGGACUAUUCGGCUUGCCAGAGAACACUGGCUCAACAUACGAACUGGAACGUAGCCGUGACACGAUAAACAUACUGAGAUCGAUGCAACAACAAAGUCGGGCUUCGAACUUCGACGCUUUCAGCAGCUGGACCAGGAAAUUGCGCCCAGUCCUAGCGUUUUGGAAGCGGCUACAUCAACAAAACGAUCUUCUGGCUUCUGAAUUCAACGUAGCGGAUUCUGGAGAUCCGAUUCUUGACAUGCUGAACACUGAAUUUCAAUUUGGCAUUACACUGGUAAGAGGAAAGAAAGUUAUUGCGGUUUUGUUUGAAAGUGGCUUUGUAAAGAAAGUUCUUGCCAUUUUUCGUUUUGUAAAGAAAGUUCUUGCCAUUUUAUGUUUUGUAAAGAAAGUUUUUGCCAUUUUUCGUUUUGUAAAGAAAGUUCUUUCCAUUUUUUAAUUUGUAAAGAAAGUUCUUGCUAUUUUUCGUUUUGUAAAGAAAGUUCUUGCCAUUUGUUGUUUUGUAAAGAAAGUUCUUGCCAUUUGUUGUUUUGUAAAGAAAGUUCUUGCCAUUUUUCGUUUUGUAAAGAAAGUUCUUGCCAUUUUAUGUUUUGUAAAGAAAGUUUUUGCCAUUUUUUGUUUUGUAAAGAAAGUUCUUUCCAUUUUUUAAUUUGUAAAGAAAGUUCUUGCUAUUUUUCGUUUUGUAAAGAAAGUUCUUGCCAUUUUUUGUUUUGUAAAGAAAGUUCUUGCCAUUUUUCGUUUUGUAAAGAAAGUUCUUUCCAUUUUUUAAUUUGUAAAGAAAGUUCUUGCUAUUUUUCGUUUUGUAAAGAAAGUUCUUGCCAUUUUUUGUUUUGUAAAGGAAGUUCUUGUCAUUGCCUUUGUUUUAUAGAAAGGUUGUGAUGCUUUUCGUAUUUUACAUCAGCUUUUAAUAAGUAUUUCAAAAGCCAAUAACUCCUGUGACAUUUCGUCGAAAAAAUCUAUAAAUCUACUGGCAUUUCGUCAAUUUGUUAAAAAUGUUAUCAUAUGCCUAAAAAAGGCCAAAAAUGUCAUUUUUUCACCUUCUUCUUGGAAUUUUUAGACAAAAGUGUUGUUUCACAGGCUGCGGGUGACAAGUUAUACGAUGGAUAGAAGUUUAUAUAGCUUUUCGAGUUGUAAAGAAACUUUUCGACAUUUAUUUGUUUUGUAAAGAAGUUCUUGCCAUAAUUUUGUAAAAUUUCACUUUUCUACAAGCUUUUUGACCAAAAUCUGGCAUUUUUGAAAAAUCAAUAUUUUUUGUGACACUUCGUCAAAAAUACGAUAAAAUUAGUGAUAUUUCGUUCAUUUGUAAAGAAAUUUAUUAUUUUUGUGUACUGUAAAGAAAAUUCUUGCCAUUUUAUGUUUUGUAAACAAAGUUCUUGCCAUUUUUUGCUCUGUAAAAAAAGUUCUUGCCAUUUUAAUCAUUUCGAACCUUUAGGUAAAGAAGAUUCACACCACUUUAUCACUGAUUCGCAAAGGAUUGGCUGGCAAGCUAGCCCCAACGGCCAAAACUCUCGAAGCAGCCAAGAACCUUCUUGAACAACAAACGCCAGUCGACUGGGAUCUGGCAUGGCCUGGCCCAGAGGACUGUUAUCAGUACAUGGAGAAGGUCUGUGAUAAGGCGAGGAAGGUGAGAAAGCUGGCUGGUUUCAAGAAUGGAGAGAACUUAUUGACCGAACCAGUGGAUUUGGACCACUUCUUUCGGCCCACGGCUUUGCUCAAUGCGCUGAGGCAAUAUAGUGCUAGGUAAGGGGGUGAAAAGAAAGUUGUCGCGGCUUUUGAGAAAAUAAGGUGUGGAAUGAUAGUUUUUGCCAAUUUUUGUUUUGGAAAGAAAGUUCUUGCCAUUUUAUGAUUUGUUAAAGCUUUGCGGAUUUUUAAAAAACUAAAGGUUGGAAAGAAAGUUAUUGCGUUUUUUAGAAAAUAAAGUCUGGAAGGAAAGUUCUUGCCAUUUUUGGUUUUGUAAAGAAAGUUCUUGCCAUUUUUUGUCUUGUAGAGAAAGUUUUGGCUAUUCUUCAGAAAACCAAUAAAUUUUGUGGCAUUUCGUCAAAUACGAUUAAUUUUGAUUUUGUAAAAAAAGUUUUUGCUAUUUUUUGUUUUGUAAAGAAAGUUCUUGCCAUUUUUAGCUUUGUAAAGAAAGUUCAUGCCAUUUUUUAGAAAAUCAAUAAAUUUUGUGGCAUUUCGUCAAAUACGAUUAAUUUUGACUCUGUAAAGAAAGUUAUUGCGUUUUUGUAAAUUUUGCACAGUGCAAAAAUGUUAUUUUUAUUCAAAUUCGACCUAUUUUUUAAAAUUUUUAUUACCUAAAUUAAUUUUUUUUCAGAAAGCUGAACACGGGCGUGGACAAGCUUAAAUUUGCCACCAGUCUAUCAAAAAUCUCGACUUCAGCACCAUUAAUGCAAGUGGGACAACUCAAAAUCCAAGGUGCACUAUUAGGUGGAAGUCAGCUUAUGGCUGUGAAUCAGAAUUCACCUGCCAUAGCGACUGCACCUAAUAUUUAUAUGGCUUGGAUUGGGAUGGUAAGUGGGUUUUUUAUUUUUGGGGGUAUAGUAAGAUAAUAUAGGGGUAUGGCAAUUCUUGUGUGGGUUACGGUAGGGUAGAUUAAUGGGUGCCUGUGAUAAGGUUAGGGGACGGCAUAUUGUGUGAUGGGGUGAGAGUACCAAUUGUACCAUUAGAACCGGUAAGAGUAGGAGUAGGGUUGAGAUAGGAGUACCAUUAGUACUAUUAUUACCAGUAAGAAUAGGGCUAGGAGUAGGGACAGUGGUAGCACUAGUUCCAUUAGUACCAGUAAAAGUAGGAUUAGGGUGGGAGAGGUACCACUAGUACGAUUAGUAUCAGUAAGAGUAAGGGUAGGACUAAAGAUAAAACUAGAAGUUGGAGUAGGUUGGAGUACCAGUAGUACCAUUAGUACCGAUAAGGGUAGGUGUAAGGAUACUGGUAGGAGUAGGGAUAGGGGUAACACGUACCAUUACUACUAUUAGAGGUAGGGGUAGAGAUAAGGGUAGACGUAGGGGUAACACGAGUACCAUUAGUACUCGUACAAAUAGAGGUAGGGGUAGGGGUAACAAUAGGAGUAGGAGUAAAGGUAGGUGUAGUAGUAGGGGUAGGCGUAAGUUGGAGUACCAGCCAAGGUAGGGCUAGGGUAAGGAUCGGGGUAGGGAUAGGGGUACCACUAGUGCGAUUAGUACAAGUAAAGCCACAGGUAGGUAUAAAGGGUAGGAAUGAUGGUAACUAGAUCUAGGAAGGGCAAUUUUGUUUUUUAAUUUUUAAAAUUUGCAGGAAGAAAACCCACCGUACCGUGCUGAAGAAUGUGCUGAAGUGCCACUAUUUGUGGCUUCAAAUCGAUCUGAAUUCGUUUGUCAAAUCCAAAUUCCUUGUGUUCAAGGUCAGAAAGAGCAGUGGAUACUGGCGGCUGUGGCAUUAUUUACCCGAAUUUAA